AUGGUGCUAGACUUAAGCUCUAAAUCCAUGGCAAUGACCGAAACUUAUCAAACGUCUGCCCAAAUGGACCACGAAGAUGUUUUGGACUUGUGUGUUAAAAAACUAAAUACAGGGGGUUUCUCAUAUGAGAAUAUUAAGGAAGAAAAUCACAUGGACAUCCAAUCGAAUUCAUCAUCGCCUACUCAUUCAAUGUGCAGCGUAAAAUCCGACUUAUACGAAAAUAACAACAACAAUAAUAAUAACCAAACUCUGAAUGUGGACUUAAGCUCAAUGAUAUCCAGUAAGCCCACGAGACCUUUCAAGGCUUUUCCAAAAGAUCCAGUGUCUGUAGCCAUGUCCUUAUCAGUACCUAAUCCACUGUUUCCAAACUCCACGACUCAAGAAUACAACGAGUUCCGAAAUAAAAUGAUGUCGCAAGUCCAGAAAAAUGGAACCAACAAAAAUAUGCGUCGCAACUCGCAGUCCAAUACGCAGAAUCCUGAUCCGACUUAUUGGGAAAAACGCAAGAAAAAUAACGAGGCCGCGAAAAGAUCCAGAGAUGCCAGGAGAGCCAAGGAAGACGAGAUAGCGGUUAGGUGCGCCUUUUUGGAAAGGGAGAACUUAAAUUUAAAGUUUAAGUUGGCAUCUGUCGAAAAUGAGAGAAAAAGGCUACAAAGUUUAUUGUAUAAUUCAUAG